UGGCUGGGAUCAAGGGAUCUCCGUGAGCAAAAUUAAUGCGGUAAUUGCGUUUUGCAGAUGCUGGGCAUCGACAGCGAGUUCUGUUUGGUCGAAUCCUUCAUAACGGGCGUCGUGGAUAAUUGGUCGGAGACCCUGAGACCUCACAGGAACAAGUUCACCGUGGUAAUUUGCGUCGUGAUGUUCCUUUUAGGAGUUCCUAUGGUUACACAUGGUGGCAUGUACAUUUUCCAACUGAUGGACUAUUACUCUGCGAGCGGCAUGUCCCUGCUGUGGGUCUGCUUCUUCCAGACCGUCGCAAUUUCCUGGAUAUUCGGCGUGGACAAAUUGAGCGAGUGCAUCGAACAAAUGAUAGGGGAAAAGCCCAACAAGUUCUGGACUAUCUGCUGGAAAUACUGCGCCCCAUUUGUGAUGAUAGCGAUCUUCAUAUUCCAAUGCGUCCAAUUCCAGCCUUUGGUCUACGGCGGCGAUUACGUCUAUCCCCAAUGGGCCAACAUCAUAGGCUUCUGCAUAAGUUUAUCCUCGAUGGUCUGGGUUCCCAUUUACGCAAUUUACUAUUGCAUCGCCGGACCGGGAUCGAUAUCUGAGAACUUCUUCAACGGUCUCAAGCCGCAGAUAAAACAGCGUAGAAUUUCGAUCAGAGAUAGGCAAACCGGUCUCCUGAUAUCAGAAAGCACAGCUUCGGGACUCGGAAUGAUGGAGAGCGACGGCAUCUCAGAGUCCGCUUAAACGAAAUUGCAUAAUGCGAUGAUUAUCCAAUGUAAUCUACUUAUAGUUAUUUACAAUAUUUCAUUUACUAUAUUCAUACAAUAGUCAUAUUUACGUAACGUAUUUCUACCGGUGAGUGCGUUUACUGGACCCAGAAUUUCGAUCCAAUCCAUUUGUAUUUCACCUCCGUUGUUUCCAAUUUCGAAAGGCCAGUCAUAACAACAAACAACAAAUAACGUCGAGCUUCGAUAAAGCGUUUUCGCCCUCUCCACUCCAAACCCCUAACUCGCGUUCGUUUUACCUCUCCUUUAUCUCGUUUUUUUUUCUGUUGUUGUUGUUGAUAAAUAAUGAAUGCGGGAUUUCCGAUCCCCCAGAUUAAAAUAUCCGUUCAUGUGCACAACCUCUCAUCCAUAUGCAUUAGACAACGCUACAAAUGAUACCCAACCAACAGCAACAAAAUAUAUAUAUGGAAAAAAAAGGAGAAAAUCAAAUGACCUCCGCUUCAUAUUUCCAUAUAUAUAUUUUUAUUUUUUUUGAUCCUUUAUUUAUCCGAACAAAAGUUAUUUUCGUAUACACAGAAUUUAAUUUAUGGUGGUGGGUUGCGUCCCUUCCCCCGUUCGCUUAAAAUUUAUAUUUUUAAUGUUCGCAUUAAUAGCGCAUAAAUAUUUAUUAUCCAUUCCAGUUUUAAUCCUGAAUUAUUUACGUAUGCACAGUGAAUACACAGAAACACAAUACUAUAUCCAUACUACAUAAUAUAGUAUGUACAGUUGGCUGUGGAAAUAAAUA